AUGCGACUUACUUGCCCACGAGUCAAUGAAGCGGCUGGAUGGGGUCCAAAAUCUAUCAUACACAUCCCUCCUUUAGGAAAGAGCCCAGUGCGCAGUGCAUUUCUGGAUAUCCGCCGGAGCUACAGAAAACCAGGCACGGCCAUUUUCUCCAUUGUGAUUUUUUCUGUAAUGGUGGCCGAGACUAUAAAAGCUACUGUCCUGAUCUUUGUGCUGGUACUAUCAUUUGAUUCAAGAAUUCCGAUCAUUGCGACCCGAUCCGAUGCUGUUGUUCAAUGCCGCGAUGUUGUGUUUUUCAUGCCAUGA